AUGUCCGCCGCCGACGAGGGGCUGCUCGCCAAGGUCCAGGGGCUCAGUGACCUGGAGCUCGCCUUUCUCGUGAGCCUAAUGAGUCGGGAGCACUGCAUCAUCACUGCGCAUCCCUCAGCUCUCGACGACCUCUUGGAAGAGCUUCAAUUAAUUGCUUCUAAGACCUUCGGCCUCAACACUGUCAUUGUCGACUGCCAGCCCACCACCACUCUCGACGACUUCGUCUCUGCCCUCCUCCUACCAAACCACCCGCCCCCCUCACGAACCCCAUCCCCCUUCCUCCCGCGCUCCGACCCAUACUUCCACUCGCACUCGCACUCACACUCUCACUCUCACUCUCACUCCCAUACCCGCGGCGCCGGCGCUUCGGGCCUCGCACCUCUCUCUCCGAUAAACCCACCGCUCUCACCUGCAUCCUACACGCCAGGAGAAACCCACCCCGCCGCCGCUGCCACCACAAACCCCUUCUCCAUAGCCAAAGUCGUCCUCGCCCGAAACCUCGACCGCGCCCCGAAAGCCGUUCAGAUCCAAGCCCUCGAGCUCCUCCGCACGAGACGAGUCUUUACCCGAACCGCCGUGCACUCGGCCCCCAAGACGUUCCUCUUCGUACCGGUGCUCGCCACCGGACGUGGUCGCAAUGGCAGCCGGACGACCAUUGGGCUAACCCCGCAGCUGAACGAUCUAUUCUUCAUCUCACAUUAUCACGACCUAGAGGAUGGUUUCGCCCAUCUCGAUGACGAAUUCGAUGUAGGCGAUGGCACGGAGACGGCGUCUACAGAGAGCGUGGUAGUAGUGAAGAGAGGCGCCGGCGUGGAUCCCAAGAUCGACCCUCUUCUCUCAGAAGCGGAUAUAAGCCGCCUCUCUGAACUAAGCCAAAACGUCAAAAUCGACAUCGACGUCCUCCGCUACCAAAUGAACAUCAUCUCCUUCCUCCGCAUGCACCGCGCCCUCUCCCGCGGCGCCUCCCCCACCGCCACGAAGCACUUCGACCGCCUCGUCCGCUGCCUCGCACCCCUCCACAAGGUCGACUACGUCACCCCCGCCCUCGUCGCCCUGGCCGCCCGCAAGAUAUACCUCCAUCGCGUCGAGGUCGUCGAGCCGGCGCACGAGCGGAGCGUGCAGUGGGGGAGUAAGAUUGAGGCUGUUGAGGCUCUGUUGGAAGGGGUUGGACCGGAGGAUGUGAUUGAGGAUGUGUUGGGGAUGGUGGCACCUCCGUUAUGA